AUUUAUGAAAGGACCAUGCAUGAUUUUCAUUUAAAUGUACAGUUUAAUGGUAGUGGGAUUUAUUUCUGAGUCACAGAUAACUGUUGGGUUAACACCAGAGAAAGUUUAACAACAUUCAUACCCUGUUUGUUUAAUUUUGAAAGCCUUCUGAAGAAAAACUAGGGGAAAACUGCAACUUUUUAAUAACUUAGAGCUUUAAUUGUUGGAUUUAAUUAUUACAGUGAAAGUAACCUGCCUGUUUUUUUUUUUUUUUUUUUUUUGCUCGCAGGCACAUUAAACCUCAGAGGCAGGCAGGCGGCAGGAGAGAGGAGGGAGGGAGACAGGGGGAGGAGGAACCACUGGUGGGGGAAAAAAAGUUAAAGUGAAAAUGGCUUCCUUGUCUUUAGAAUCCACAGAACAAUCAGAGAGCAGCCCAGAGGAGCCCAAAAAAGAGGAAGAUCCCGUCCAGGUUUCGGAAGAACUGCUCCAAAGUUUCCAAAAGUCGGCUCUGAGUUUCUCCACAGACCAGGUUUCGUGUCUCUGCGAGGCCCUCCUGCAGGCGGGCAAUGUGGAUCGCCUGUGGAGAUUUCUCUCCACCAUACCUCCUUCGUCCGAGCUGCUACGUGGCAACGAGACCCUGCUGAAGGCCCAGGCUCUGGUGGCCUUCCACCGGGAGGAGUUCAAGGAGCUGUACGCCCUCCUGGAGAGCCACGACUUCCACCCGUCGAACCAUGGGUUCCUGCAGGACCUGUACCUCAAAGCGCGCUACAAGGAGGCGGAGAGGUCCCGGGGCCGCAGCCUGGGCGCCGUGGACAAAUACCGGCUCAGGAAAAAGUUCCCCCUGCCCAAAACCAUCUGGGACGGGGAGGAGACCGUGUACUGCUUCAAGGAGAAGUCCCGCAACGCGCUGAAGGAGUGCUACAAGAGCAACAGGUACCCGACUCCGGACGAGAAGAAGAACCUGGCCAAAGUCACAGGACUGUCCCUCACACAGGUCAGCAACUGGUUCAAGAACCGCAGACAGAGGGACAGGACCCCGUCCGGAACUCUCAGCAAAAGUGAGUCUGAUGGGAACCACAGCACUGAAGAUGAGGCGAGCGUAAUGGACGACGCUCCCGACAGACCGGAGAAGGCUGCCAUCUCCGCGGCGCCCAUCAUCUCUGUUUCUGCGGUGCCGUGUAACGCAGGAAGUCAGCUCAUCCUGAACGGGUCCARCAGCUUCCUCACAGCCUCUCAGCCUUUGCUCCUGAAUGGAAACUCGCUCCUGUCCGGUGCAGGGGCCGGCGUCAUAAUCAACGGGCUCAACCUGGGUGAAUGCCGUACCGUCACCCUGAGUCCCGUCGCCUCMAACUCCCCUCUAAUCCUGAACGGGGCUCCGGUAAUAACCAAACCUGGGGCGAGCGGGCAGCUGCCGCAGCAGACAGCUUCUGAGGCUGAACAGGAAGUCACGGUCUUGGCGUCUAAAGUUUUGAGCACUAACACCGUACCUAACUCUCAAACUAUCAUUUCUCCACCUCUGCAAUCCAAAACUGAAAACGACGACGAAAUGGAUUUCAUCAUCGCUCCUAAAUCAGAGAGMAACGAGACUGUUACAUCGUCUUCCUCAUCUUUAUCCUCCUCCUCACCAACUCUGUCCUCUCCCACCAGUCUUCCAUCAAUAGUUUUAGCACGGACCCCUCAACAUCAGGAGUUCCUGACCCCCCCAGCUUCUCUGUCACCUGCAGGCUUGGUUAUUUCUUCUUCAGCGACGAUGUCCAGUCCGCACGUCGCCAGCGUCGCCUCUGGUUCCCAGUUAAACCCCUCGAGCUCUGUCAUUUUCUCCAGUAACUCCACCCCUCAGCCCAUCUCGUUGCCCCAGGUGGUGCCCUCCAUUCAGGGGACCCCAGUGUCCCAUCUGGUCCAGCACUCUUCAGGAGCCCAGUGCCCUCAGCUGGUCCCAAUGUCCUCACUCCCUUCGCCGGCUCCUCAUUUCCAACCCCCCCAGACUCUAAGCACGAGCAGCACGCCAGCUCAACUGGGUGCCCCCACAACCACGUCUCAGUGCCCCACUACCAUCGUUUCCAUCUCGCAGCUCAACGGUAACAACCUCCAGCAGCAGAUGAUGCACCAGCUGGGAGAGCAAACCGUAAACGCCACGCCGAGCAAAGUCCAGGCCAUUUCUAUAUCUUCCCCAACGCAAGUGGUCCCGGCCCCCCAGGCUAAAGGCAGCGCAGCGCCCGUCCCGCUCUCAGUGCCUCAGCUGGUCCCGGUCUCCUCCAUCCAAACCUCCUCCAACAUCUCCUUCCCUCAGGUGGUCCCAGCUAGCGCUUCUCUUUCCAUCCCCACUGCCGGGAUGCCCUUACAGAUCCUAGCUCCCGCUCCGGCUGCAGGAGGGGUCGCUCCGGGCCCGCUCAGAGUGAACCAGCUGAGACCCGUUCAGAGUGCGGGGACCCCGAAUAGCAUGGCCCCCGCAGUGCAGCUGCUAAACCCAGGAAUCAUUCAGCUGCCCCCUGCUUCUCCAGGUAACCUGGUCCUCAGUGGAAGCCCUUAUCUGAGUGUCCAGCAAGGCAAGCUGAUUCUGACCAUCCCAGCAGGCAUCCAGCUCACCRGUCUGCCCCUGAAACCAGUCCUAGACGCUGCCCCCGUCCCUGCAAGUGGAGUGAGCGCAGUCCUCAACCCCUCCACACCUCCGGCGGCCUCCCAGCUUCCAACCACCACGUCCAGCAGCCUUUCAACCUUUCCUCUGAACUUCAUUAACUCGUCUCCUCUGUACUGCGCUCCGGAGUCGGCGCUCCCCGGCAGCCAGGCUCCUGCCGUCUCCUCUCACACUUUGGAUCAGUCCGUCACCUGCACGACGCAGAACGCGCUCACUCCAGAGAGCAUGCUCMCGCUCAGCCCCGUCUACAGUGGUGUGACACCAAACAUCCAGCUGUCCCAGCCGGCCUGGAGCCCCGUGCCCCUCUCAACGUCCACCAGCCUGACUCUGUUUGACGUCCGCGGCAAGGGCGAGCUGCACGUGGAUCCUGCUCUGUUAGCCCUGCCGGGGGGAGAGUCGCUUCUUCUGGGAAGCCCCUCUCCAGGCCAGGACGAGGAGGCCGGCUCGCCUCUGGGAAACCCCGAGGAGAUGGACGGAGACUCCAAGAUCCUCACUCAGCUGCAGUCCGUCCCUGUGGACGAUGAUCUGGGCCUUUAAAGUAGAGGGCUGGUGAGCAUAACACUAAAGAUGACUCGACACAUUUCGCUUCACAGUAUGGACCCUCUAACGUCGUCUUAUGUGUCUGAGAUGGUUCGAAGUGGCACUUUUACACAAAUGUCCUGCGCAGUCUGAGAGGAUAUUACUCCUGGGUUUUUAGGGGAGAAUUUAGCAACGUUUGAAGUUUUUGUCCAAACCUUUACACACCUCACGUUAGGAAUGUGCGAUAUGGCAAAAAAAUUCACAUCACCACACACACACACACACACACACACACACACACACACACACGGAAUUAAACACCUCGAGCACAAAACCAGUUGUGCUGCAGUGAGCUCUGUACCAUCUCUCCUCUCUUUAGUACAACUGUGAUGAUGAUGCAUGAGAUUUGUACCUACAGCACCACAUCUGUAGAGCUUCCGAUACUUGUAGUGCAUUGUGGGAAAUGCAGUCUGUACGAGUUGUUUUUGUUUAUCUUUUUGGCUGGUUUGCUGCAGAAACAGUAUUAGGCCUCUCCAGAGACGUAGUGUUCCUUAAAACAGUCGAGUAUCUCCUCUGCUGUUCGCUCCUCUGGCA